GGAAAGAACAGACAGAAAAACAAAUCCAGCUCUGGAGCCUGACAGAAAAGCAACGAGUCCAGUCUGUAGGCAAGAUAUUUCUGCAGCUCAGGUACGACACCUUCUGCUUCGUGUGUUGCAUUGAACAGGUUGGGUCGGCCGCCAAGCGUGCUUUUCAGCUUUGCCAAGUGAAACACUAACACGCUGAUGCCCGUCCCUCCGUACAGCAGAGCCAGAAGCCCCAGGUGUCCCCAUAGCCUCAGCGCGGCCUGGUGGUCUCCAGAGAGGAUAGCCAUAGCCCCUUCUUCCUCUGGAUUUUUUUUCUAGAAAGUGGAUUAAGAUCUCCCGCUAUGCGCCUCGGCAGGGCAAAAAUACGCACGUGAGACUGGCAGCUUCUGGACUUCAUCUCGGCCAGACGGCCCUGAAGGCAGAUUAUCUCCCCUCCCUGGCUGUCCAAUACGGGCUUGUUUUCUCUUUGCCGAUGACCGAACAGCUGUGGUUCCCUGCUGAAGGCGGGGCCUGCUGGCCCCCAGGGUGGAGCUACGGCUUUAGCAUCCAUGCAGAGAUGCGCAAGGGGACCAGAUCCCUCAGUGAGCGAAGAGCUGGCCAUCAGACAGCCAAGGCUGCUCCUCUGCUGAAGUCCUUCGAGGAAAGAGUGGGGUCUGCAGCUGGGGCCUGCCAGGAAUAAAUUGCUAUUCAGUUUAAUCGGGACUCGGCGGGAGACGAAUCACAUUAGGAGGUCCGGGCGGAGGCGGGCGCAGGCCCAGGCGGCGACACUGACUCGGCGAACCGCACAGAAGGGGUGCCACAGCGUGCCAGCCGGACGCCGCGAUGCAGAGCUGCGGCUGAUUUCCCGGACGGGCUAGAGGGAAUUUCUGGACGCCGGCGGCUUUGGUCAUGGCCAGAGCCUCCGUCGCCGGGGGAGGGCUUGACCUCGGCCGACUCCAGCGCGAUGACCGUAGGAGGAGCUGAGAGCAGCCCCGCGCCACCUGCCCAGUGAUGGACGCCAUGCACCUGGCAUUCAGACUGCUCUUUCUCUCCUGGCUCUGGCCAGGCGCCCUGCUGAGCGGAAGCCACUUCCAGGGCAAAAAGAAAAACAAGGAUGUGGUCCUGGGAGAGCACCGCAAGCAUGGCAGUCGGAUAGACUUCAAGCUGAAGAAGUCCGACAGCACCAAGUCGACACUGAUCAAAUCCGAGCAGCUCCUGCGCAUCGAGGACCAUGACUUCGCCAUGCGGCCAGGAUUCGGGGGCACGGCUAUCCCGGUGGGCAUCGACGUUCAAGUAGAGAGCAUUGACAGCAUCUCCGAAGUCAACAUGGAUUUUACCAUGACCCUCUACCUGCGUCACUACUGGAAGGAUGAGCGCCUGGCCUUCCCCUCCAGCAACAACAAGAGCCGCACCUUCGACAGCAGGCUGGUUAAGAAGAUCUGGGUCCCAGACGUAUUCUUUGUCCACUCCAAGAGAUCCUUCAUUCAUGACACCACCAUGGAAAACAUUAUGCUAAGGGUUUACCCUGAUGGCAACAUCCUUUACAGCGUCAGGAUCACAGUCACUGCAUUGUGCUCCAUGGAUUUCAGCAGAUUCCCUCUCGACACACAGAACUGCUCUCUGGAGCUGGAGAGCUAUGCUUAUAAUGAAAAUGACUUAAUGCUCUACUGGAAAAAUGGGAACGAUUCAUUAAGGACUGAUGAGAUUUUGCUGUCUCAGUUCUUUAUUGAAGAAUUUAAUCCUUCCAACGGGCUCGCUUUCUACAGCAGUACUGGAUGGUAUAACCGCCUCUAUAUAAACUUUAUACUUAGGAGGCAUAUAUUCUUCUUUAUGCUGCAGACCUAUUUCCCAACCAUGUUAAUGGUGAUGUUGUCCUGGGUUUCAUUUUGGAUUGACCGAAGAGCAGUUCCGGCCAGGGUCUCUCUAGGAAUCACCACUGUCCUGACCAUGUCCACCAUCAUCACAGGUGUGUCGGCCUCCAUGCCCCAGGUCUCCUAUGUCAAGGCCGUGGAUAUCUACCUGUGGGCCAGCUUCCUGUUCGUCUUCCUCUCCGUCAUCGAGUACGCUGCCGUCAACUACCUGACCACCAUUGAGGAGAUGAAGAAGAUGGAGAAGGGAAAGCUUCCGGUCACGUUCAACACCACGCAGGCCAUGGCUUUCGAUGGCUGUUUCCACGACAACGAGAUCGAGCUGACGCCUUUCCCGGAGAUCCCCGUGAACCCGGAACAGCCCCCGGCGCGGAAUUCCGCGGACGCCCAGCCUGUGGAGGGCCACCGGCUGCGCAGGAAGCGCUCCAUCAAGAGCAACGUCAACUACAUCAUGAACAACAGCCACGUCAUCGACUCCUACUCCCGCCUCCUCUUCCCUGCCGCCUACCUCCUGUUCAACAUCAUCUACUGGGGUCUGUACUCCUAGAGGGGCAUUCCCCUUUCCCAUAUUCCUGGCAACCGGACUGCGAAACUGUCUGUCCGGUUGCAGAGGCCAUAGCAACCGGGAAUCCAGGUUGGAAUUAAAAGCGUAAGGUGGGAUCUCAUCGCAAAACUGUGUGGAAUAUACACAGAAGAACCAUCAAGCUCCUAAUGAUUAAUCAGCCUGAAUAAAUAACAUCUGUCGGAUUAAAUAACAUUUAUUGGUACAGUCAUUCUGUAAAAAUAGUCAGUUACAAGCAAAACUCUGAAUGUCGACUACUGCAGUGCAACAUGCUAGUUGACAAAAUGUAGAAGAUACCUGUACAGGUUCCAGUAGAAUAAAUAAGGUUUCAAUAAUCCUUCAAAGGACAACAAACACAAAAUAGAAAA